CGCGUCACAACUCUUGGCGCUACUUCUUCCAAAAAACCAGUGUGCUGCGGUGUUCCGCAAGGCAGUAUCUUAGGACCAAUACUCUUCCUCCUGUAUGUGAAUGAUUUACCAGACGCUGUGACGAACUCGACAGUUGCGUGUUUUGCAGACGACACCAAAAUCUUCCGUAGAAUUGACUCCAUCACCGAUGCUAUGUUACUCCAGGAUGACAUCAAUAACCUUCAAUCCUGGUCCACGUCAAGCGGUCUCGUGUUUAACGAAGGAAAAUGCAAAAGUAUUAGCAUUACCAGACGUAGUCAACCAAUCCAUCAUCUAUAUAGCAUCAAAGGCAAAGAACUUGCACUUAUACCAGCAGAGAACGAUCUGGGAAUUUGGAUUGCGAGCGAUCUAACCUG